AUGGAGGUGACAGUUCACACUCUGGCCGAGGCAUUUCACCUGCCUCAGCAAGAGGCAAUUGAAAAAUUCAUAAAGGGGCCAAAGUAUGAACCAUGUGAGUUUAAAAUGAUUGCAAAUGAUCUGGGUGCUGUGGCGAGGGCGGGGUCCUUAGGGUGCUGUGGCAGGGCGGGCGGGGUCCUUAGGGCGGGGUGGGGUCCUUUGGGUGCUGUGUGGAGCAGGGUGGGGUCCUUUGGGUGCUGUGGCGAGGGCGGGGUGGGGUCCUUUGGGUGCUGUGGCGAGGGCGGGGUAGGGUCCUUAGGGUGCUGUGUGGAGCAGGGUGGGGUCCUUUGGGUGCUGUGGCGAGGGCGGGGUAGGGUCCUUAGGGUGCUGUGUGGAGCAGGGUGGGGUCCUUUGGGUGCUGUGGCGAGGGCGGGGUGGGGUCCUUAG